AAACGAUGCUUGGGCGACAGCGACGAGCAAAUGUCUAACCUACAGGACACCUUUCAAACGAAGAAGUCAUGGCUUCCGUGACCACUGCUUCACCUUCUCCUCCACCUCCUCCGCCUGUGUCUUCAUCAAACCCUUCCUCGAAAGUUGCGCCCGCCAAGUCACCUGAAGUGUUAGAUUCUUCUGAUGCCGCGCGAAUUGAAGGACCAACACCCGUGGUGGGGAUUAUGGCUGGAGUGGCAAAAUCUUUGGCGACAAAAUCUGCAUUUGCGGCAACAGCCUUUGGAAAAGGCUUGUUAAAAUGGUGGUUUCGAGUUCCAAUAAAGCUUUUCCGACCGCAUACAGUCAACCCUUGGAUUGUUCUAAAUCAUAUGGCGCGAACGCAGGGCCAGAAGGUUGGGGUUGGAUAUAUGAGGACGGUGGUGGCAGAGGAAGGGUACAGUUUCUUGGGGAAGAAUAUCAUACCUUUGCUGUUUGCAAAUGCUGUUGCUGGUGCAGUAUUGUUCAACGUCUACGCUACGACUAUAUCCGCACUUUCAUCUUCGGAGCCAUCAUCUUCCUCUCUCUCCGCCGCAUUGGCAUUCGACCAUCAUUACCCAUUCAUUGCCGGAGCGUUGGCUGGAGCGUCCACGUCACUUGUAAGUACACCCCUUGACAACAUCAAGGCCAAUGUUUCGCCCGCUCAGCUUGUUGCACAUCGUCACGAGGGCAUGUUGAGAUUCACUUAUCGCACAGUUCGAGAGGCAUUAAAAGACGAAAGGAGCAUUUGGGCAAAGUGUAGACGUUUAUAUAAGGGGAUUGGCUUCCUAGCGGCGAAAGAUGCGUGCGGCUUCGGCUUCUUCUUCUUUUUCUUUGAGGGCUUUCGCAAAUUUGGCAAAGGGAUGGUAGCGGAUAUGUGGGCACUCAGAGAUGGAGGCGAAGAACAAGACGGGGUUCCCAAUGGUGAAGGACCGAAGCGUCGCCCCUUAACUCUUGUCUGUGCCAAUGCAACUGCGGUCAUCGCGGCGGGCGCCGCGGCAGGCAGCGCCUAUCAAAUGAUUAUAUACCCUCUCGAUAACAUUCCCGCCGUAAUCACCGCAAACAGAGUUUCUCAAGUGACAAAGAGCACCUUAGCGGCAGAAGCUGUAGCGGCCGCAGCUGCCCCGGUUUAUGACGAUCUAAGCUUUCACAACUCGAAUCCCACAAAUCUCGCUGCCCGCCAGCGAUUUCAAUGGAGAGAGGUUUGGGAAGUGUUAAGGACUCGAGGUGUCAAGCCGUUUUAUGCUGGGAUUGGUCCGCAGUUGGUGCGGGUGAUGCCGCCAAGUGCCAUUGGUCUGUUCGCCUACGAGGUUGCUAGCUCGCAAUUCUGGGAUAAUGAUGAGUCGUAGAGAACGUGAUGUUAGACCUCAAUUUAUUGUAUUAUAGACAAGACAAAAAUGUACAAGAUUAUAUAUUUACAUUGCAUCAGGA